AUGUCGCCGUCUUCCAACGGCGACUCUCCCGCUUCGGUAGUGGGCAGCAUGACCAUGGCCGCCCAGGCCGUUCCUAACGCUGUAAGGCAAUACCCUCUGCCGAAUCGAGACUUCACAAUCGAAAUACCCUCGCCCCAACUUGCACCCACUGCCAAUGGGGUCAACACCAUCAAGUCACCAUCCACUCUCAAGUCUGCCCGUGCUCCCAACUUCAGCCGGGAAGGCAUUCUUGGAUCGGCCCAGAAAGCCCGAAACCUCUCGCAGUCGUCCGAAAACCGGCCUGACAAUGUCAAUGUUUCUAAUGGUUAUCAAAAGGCUCCUAGCGAGGAGAGCACCAAUCCGCUGAAAAGAAGGAAUACGGAUGCUGGUGUCGACUACCCCAGAAGAAGGGCAACCAUUGCGUGCGAGGUAUGCCGCUCGAGAAAGUCGCGAUGUGACGGCACAAAACCAAAAUGCAAGCUGUGCACAGAGUUGGGCGCCGAGUGCAUAUAUCGCGAGCCUGGUAUCAAGCUGGAUGCCGGCGACAAGCUCAUCCUCGAACGCCUCAACAGGAUAGAAAGUCUGCUGCAGAUAAACAUGGGCUUAGCCGGCCAUACCAAUGGCCUAGGACUAUCCCAUAACUCCCCGGGGAUGAGCAACGGGACAGGAUUGAGUGGUGACAACCUGAUGAUGCAAAAUCCCGACGCCGCCGGCUUUGUCUCGGUGAUCCCAAGCGGAGGCCUGGGCACAUGGUCUGCCACCGCUACCAACAGCUUAUCGACAAUGCCCAAGGUCCACACAAAUGCCGCCCUCCAUUUGUUGCAAUGGCCGAUGAUUCGGGAUCUUGUCUCACGACCUUACGACCCACAAAUUCUCCUCCAACUCGAAAUGGCCAGGGAGCCACUACACUCUCUCACAAAGACCCCCUGUGUGGACCUCUCCAACACCACCGCAUAUAUCGAAGCCUAUUUUGAUCGUGUCAACAUUUGGUACGCCUGUGUUAACCCUUACACAUGGAGAAGCCACUACCGGAUUGCUCUCUCCAACGGUUUCAGGGAAGGACCAGAAAGUUGUAUUGUGCUUCUCGUCUUGGCUCUCGGCCAGGCAAGUUCAAGGGGGAGCAUAUCCAGGAUCGUGCCACACGAGGAUCCUCCGGGCCUCCAAUAUUUCACUGCCGCAUGGGCCCUGCUACCGGGCAUGAUGACCUCCAACAGCGUUCUUGCCGCGCAAUGCCACCUUUUGGCCGCCGCCUACCUAUUCUACCUCGUCCGACCUUUAGAGGCAUGGAACCUUCUCUGUACAACAAGUACCAAGCUGCAGCUCCUACUCAUGACGCCGAACCGGGUGCCUGUCGACCAAAGGGAACUGAGUGAGAGAAUCUACUGGAAUGCUCUGCUGUUCGAGAGUGACCUCCUCGCUGAGCUGGACCUUCCGCAUUCUGGUGUUGUUGCGUUUGAAGAAAAUGUCGGUCUGCCAGGUGGUUUUGAGGGGGAUGAACAAGAGGCAGUUGGUCGCGAUGAUUUGUGGUAUUUCCUCGCCGAGAUAGCACUUCGGCGACUACUCAACCGCGUCAGCCAGCUCAUUUACUCCAAGGACUCCCUGGCCUCUACAACGAGUCUCGAGCCCAUCGUGACCGAGUUGGAUUUCCAAUUAACGCAGUGGUACGAGAGCCUGCCUCUACCGCUGCAGUUCCCUUUUACUCGGACAAUGCUCCCAGAUCCUGUCCAGACGGUGUUGCGGUUGCGCUUCUUUGCUUGCCGGACUAUUAUUUACCGGCCAUACAUUCUCGCGGUUCUCGACAAUGAGCAGGCAAUACUGGACCCCUCAGUGCGUGACGCGUGCACAAAGUGUCUGGAGGCUUCAAUCAGACAAUUGGAGCAUAUCAGUGCGCAUCACGCCGGACACAUGCCGUACCUUUGGCAAGGGGCACUCUCGAUUGUAUCGCAGACACUUCUGAUUAUGGGUGCCACCAUGUCACCGUCACUUAACAGUAUUCUGGUGAGCUUAGUCUCACACCGCGACGUUAUCGACCAGAUCAUCAACGAUGUCGUCAUGGAAAUCGAGCGUUAUUCCGUACUCUCACCGAGUCUGAGCCUAUCGGCGGAGAUUAUCAAGGAGGCGGAGGUUAGGCGACGAACGUUCCUGAGUGGUUGA